AUGGCACGCAGCGCUGCGUUGAGGCGUCUGUUUGAGGAGGCCUUCUGCACCAUCGAGUGCCACCGGGAAGCAGCACAGCUAGCACGGACAGACAACUCAUGUGCCCUCCCGCUCUGCAGAGUGAGUGAGCCAAUAGUGAUUCCACUUCCUUCACACAUCGAUGGAUGGCCUCUGUCUGUGUCUUCUCUUCCUUCGCGUGUCGUCUCAGGUAGUGGACCGUCCCUCUCCUGACGAUAUGGGCGAGUCUGAUGAGGCCAUGGUGGCGGACCCAUCAGCCCCGCACCACCUGCAAUGCGUCGACACGAUGGUCGUCGACGGCUCCCACUGCAGAUUCUCACUCUACGACUACCGGUCAGUCACAGACAUACACACACAAAAAUCAUUACGUACGUGAUAUCAUAUCCAUCCAUGAAAUGCCCUCUGUCUAUCUGUCUGUCUGUCUGCAGUCGUCUGGACGAUAACGGCAUUCCGAUCGACACGCCUCCCUGCCGCCAUCUGGCCUACCCCAUGGUGGUGUAUGGCCUCUUUGACGACGACUCGACGGCCCUCGUCUACACAGAGGUCUCAUGCCCCUUCCCACCCAGGCUCACCCACACGACCAUCCAUCAACAGCAUCAACGGCAUCAGCAGCACAGCAGUGCACCGCUGCCGACCCACAGCCAUAGAGUGCGGAUCGCUCUGCGGGAGGUGCGCAUAGUCACACAAGUGAGCCAAGGGCUGGCAACGGAGGCGUCGACGACCGUGCGUGGCAGUCUGGACGAUGAGUGGCCGCCAGAGGCACACUGGUACGUACGUACGUGGGAUGGGACACUCACUACACAAACAAUGACAUGCACGUCACGGGCAAUCGGGAGAUCCUGUGUGUGCGUCUCUCUGGAUCUGACUGACGGCUGUUGCCAUGCCGUCCAUGUAGGUACGUUAGUUGUCUCCGCGAGCUCUUCAAUUGGUGGCACCGCAGCUUGGAGGAUCCGAAGGCCAUCAAGGCGCACACGAUCCACUCGCUGUGCGUGCAGCACGUGUGCGGCAUCCGACACCUGCUGAUGCGCCAGACGCAGGGCAAGUGCAUUCUGGACGGCCUCGUCAAGCCAUCAGUCCCGCCACCCAUCGUGGCGCGUCAUCAGACAGACAAACAGACAAGAAGACAAUCAAUAUGA